AUGCUGAUCCAUUCGCAGUCUAUGAAGUCUGGUCUCAGUGCGCACCUCCUACAGAGCUAUGAUGAACACACGUCCCAUCAUCACAACGUUCAGUAUAUCAUAGCUUCUGAAUUCGAUAAUAAACUGGGUCCCGUGGUUAAGUUUCAGUAUCCGAAAAGUAUACCUGGGUUUAAAACCAAUUUCAACUCAAUUGGCACAAAUUUGGCAAGUCUGAUGAUUCCCAACAGCAUAGAGUCCAAGCCUGGCGAUACAGACUUCACUGUAUUCAUUCUCUACAAGACCAGGAAACAUGCAUACAGCAUCUAUCCCAUCGAGAGUCAAGAAGUAAGCGAAGGAAAUUCGUGGUCGUCGACUAUCAUCGAGGAACGUGAGCAGGAGUUGAGCGGAGACGACGACGAUGCAGUCGCUGCAGGCAGCGACGAGGAUUUUGGACUUAGCACCAGUGAUGAUUCCCCACUAUUUUUCUUCAAUAUUGCAAGCUCAGUACGAGAUACAACCAACAAGCGCGGAGCUCGCAUCAAAUCAAUUGGAAUGGGAACUAAAAUGUCGAAUUUUCUAAUACUCAAGCCCAUUUUGGUCAUGUUACUUCACGAGUACCUGCGAUUGCCGAACGGUGGCACCAGCAUGCUUGUCGAAUGCUUCAACAUGAUAAAUUCUCUAGAUCUGUCCACGGUACGACAUAUUCAUGGUGACCAAUGUUUACAGGCCGUUUUGAGCUCGAUUGGAGACGAAGAUGCGGUCAAGACUCUGUUAGAUCCAAGCAGUGAGAGUUUAAGAAAAAUAAUAGGUCUCAAUAUACUCCCUGAAAGUGAUCAAUUCGGCAAUAAAAUUAGGUUUAAAUCUAAAAACAUCGAAUACCAGUUCAAUAUUUUCCAAACAUCCGAUUUACCUAAUUACUUCACAAAAAUACCUCUUCAAAUUGAUCUUAUAACUUACGAUCCGAUACCAGUCGAAAUCAGGUAUAAUGAUCUGGUACUGAAGUUUGUCGCUCGAUUUUUACAAAAAAUGUAUCGAUGCAAACAAAGUAGUAUGUCUUGGAGGCUGGUAGUUAACUGUUGCAAGCUUCCCAAAGAUACUCUGUGCCAAUUUGUCAUAGCGCUUUCCAAUCUGAUGAGAGGCUUUGAUAGACGAGAUCGGAAAGGUCCUCAAUUGUUUGUUUUCCCUUACAUGGAUAUUUCAUUUAUUGAUUCACUACGUGCCGCUAUGAAGCGGGUCAAAAGUUCGCACUCCACAUCCAUCAUAGGCGUCUCUAAUCCUAUUUUUGAAAUACAAGAGGACAUCUGGGAUUAUUACUACGAUCUAGACGAAGAUCGGCUUGUCAAUAAGCACCUUUUAGGGUCCGAACCUCUCACGAAGAAUCCAGCUGGUUUUCGAAAAAGUCGUCCGAAGUCUCUCAAAGUACAAAAACUCUGGACACGAGAUUUUGGCGACUCUCAUGAGUCGCACGCAGAGCAUAAUAUUCAGAUGACAUCGAGGUUAUCAUUGGAGCUGGUAAAAUAUCAGCACGAUAAUGAGACUAUUAUCAACGUUUUUAAGCGGAAAACCAUUUUACAAAUUCUUAGCUUGCUAAAGAGAGCAGCCCAGAGGCCCUCACAGCACUAUGAGUAUUCUCUUAAGGAAGAAUAUUUGGUUGCAUACCACGAUUUCGUACUUUUCCCAGAAUUUUUUGAGCCUAAUUCACUGAAUAUGAUCAAAUUACUGUUCGACCUCGAACAGUGUCUGGCUUUUCUUUUAACAAAUGAACAUUCGAAGUUGGAAAAUAUCCAAAACACCUUAAAUCAAAUCCUUUCUUCCAUAAUGGAAAUGUACAGGUACGUGACCUGCAACGUGGCAAGCAUGAACACAUUCCUGAACGUCUGUUUAAAUUAUCCUCCCACCCAGCUUGUAGACAUUAUGACGCAAGCGGACUUUUCAGAACUGGAUCUGAAGCUUUGCGCCGAGAGAGCCCAGACCCUCAGUGGAUUGUCUAUCGAGAAAAGCCAAGAUCUUGUACUGUGGUUCACGCGUGACUACUUUACCAAUUUGCUGUAUUGCCCGUUAUUUUUGAACGAUCGAAUUGCCGAAGAUCACUUUUCUCGUGGUUACGAUGUACCUCUUUCAUCUGCAUUGUCGGACUCCAACUCCUUUUUUUCUGGAACAGGCGAUACCAGGUACGAUACUGUCGCUACUGGUGAUCCAACCAUGCUCGUCAGCUCUUUGAAUAUCGGUGCUUUUGACGAUUCCCUAGCUGCCGAUAUCUCAAAGUUAGUGAAUCAAAUCAAAGAACAUUGCAUUGCUUUAAUAAGAGCCAUCGAAAGCAAUUCUGUCGGAAGUCAAUUGCUCGAAAAAAGGGUUAAUCUCGCGUUCAAGCUAGUAACGAGGCACUUUACCGAGCCGAAACAUGACCAGGCUACAUGCGUUCCCAGUCACAGAAGAGAUGCACAGUUUCCAAUCAAUGAAAAUAAUUUUGAAAUUUCACCAAAUCGACGUGAACUGUUGAACAAUUUGAACACAUUAGCAGAAGCACAGGGAAAACUCGCGUUGCGUGGUUCCACAGGUACUGAGUUUUCACGUCCGACGUUUUUCUGA